UCCAACCAAUCAAUCAGUCAAAAAUGUCGAUGGCGGCCCUGCCGGCGAACCUAAUCCCCGACGACGCCAAUCCGGCAUGGAUGAGCAAAGGCGACAACGCCUGGCAGCUAACGGCGGCGACUAUGGUCGGAAUGCAGUCGGUGCCGGGGCUGAUAAUUCUCUACGGCGGCGCCGUUAAAAAAAAAUGGGCCGUUAACUCGGCGUUCAUGGCGUUUUACGCCUUCGCCUGCGUCCUCGUCUGCUGGGUCGGGUGGGGCUACCGUCUCUCGUUCGGCGACAAGUUCGUGCCGGUCUGGGGGAAGAUCAACGUGGCGCUGUCUCAACAUUACCUCCUCGAACAGGCCUUUGCCGGAAAGUUCCCCAACGCCACCAUGGUCUACUUCCAGUUCUCCUUCGCCGCCAUCACGCUAAUUCUCAUCGCCGGCGCCGUGCUCGGCCGGAUGAAUUUUUACGCGUGGAUGCUGUUUGUGCCGUUGUGGCUCACGUUUUCUUACACGGUCGGGGCGUACUCGAUUUGGUCGCUUAACGGUUGGCUCGCCACCGCCGGACUUAUUGACUACUCCGGCGGUUAUGUUAUUCACCUCUCGUCGGGGGUUGCCGGCUUUACCGCGGCUUAUUGGGUUGGGCCACGACUAACGAAGGAUAGGGAGAGGUUUCCUCCGAACAACAUUUUGCUGAUGUUGGCCGGCGCCGGGCUCCUAUGGAUGGGGUGGACCGGGUUCAACGGUGGGGACCCGUAUGCCGCCAGUAUCGACGCAUCGUUGGCAGUUCUGAACACGCACGUGUGCACGGCCACCAGUCUCAUGACGUGGCUCAUGCUCGACGUUGCAUUCUUCGGCAAAGCCUCCAUCAUAGGCGCGGUUCAAGGCAUGAUCACCGGCCUUGUUUGCAUCACGCCGGCGGCAGGAGUCGUCCACGGGUGGGCCGCCAUAAUAAUGGGCGUAUGCUCAGGGUCUAUACCGUGGUUCACAAUGAUGGUGGUUCACAAAAAAUCCGUUCUCUUACAAAAAGUUGACGACACAAUGGCCGUUUUCCACACCCACGCCGUAGCCGGAACCCUCGGCGGCAUCCUCACCGGCCUCUUCGCCAACCCAAAGCUUUGCUACUUAUUCUACGGCAAGUACGGCCACUACGUCGGCCUCUUCUAUGGCUUCCAAAUGAAGCAAGUCCGUAAAGGAUUCCGACAAAUCGGGAUCCAAUUGAUCGGCAUUUUGUUCGUCGUCUCGAUCAACAUUGUAAUAACGAGCCUCGUUUGUCUCGUCGUUAAGUUAAUUGUCCCGUUGAGGAUGACGGAGGAAGAUAUGGAGGUCGGCGACGAAGCCGCGCACGGCGAGGAGGCCUACGCCAUUUGGGGGCAGGGGGACCGCAAUGAGAACUCGCGGUUCUCGUUGUAUAAUGACGUCGAGGGCGGCGGCGGCGGCGCCGGAACGUCGUCGAAGAAUAAGGGACAAGUGGAGUUGACAUGAGGUAGGAAUUGAUUGGAAGGUUGGUUGGAUUGUACUGUUGGCGCUAAUUAAUAGUUGGAUUGCGAAAAUUUGUUCGUGAUCACGACAAUCUUGUCCGAAUAAAAUUGCAUUUUG